AUGCUGGGCAAGGCAAGGGAACCUCACAUCCCCCUGGCCCUGCAGCGCUCCCGGCUGAGGGCUGAGGAGAAGACUCUGGACUUCGAGUUUAAGGUGCUCAGUGCCCAGUUUAACCAGCGGGGCUGCUAUGCCCUGAGGCUCACGGUGGAGAACCCGCUGCUGCAAGGCUCCAGCGCUGGCAUCCAGCUCUGUGUCAACAGCGGGGAGGUCACCCAAGGCAGCACCAGCACCACUGACACCAUUGAGCAGAGGGACCUCAACCAGCUCUACUGCUUCCAGAGGAGGAAAUUCACCUUCACCCUGCCCAGAGGUUUCUGCAAGAAUGACCAGAACCACGACGUGCGGCUCCACAUCGAAGCCCUGCGCGUCCCCAGGAGGGCAGAGGGACCGGGGAGGAGCAGGCAGGUGGGUGAAGCCUUCUUUGCCAUCUACCCCCGGCCCAACCAGCCCCACAUGAAGCUCUCUGCCGGGCGGGACGAGGACUGGUACCGCUACAGCGCGGUGAUGGCUUUGCUGCGGGUGGGCAGCGAGCAGCCGGCGAUGCACUGCGGCCGCCUGGCCUUCACCGCAUCCCUGCACGAGCACCGCACACCCACUGCACUGGUGGUACCCACACCACUGUCCCCCAGCACCCAGGAGGACCGGCAAGCAGCAGGCUCAGCACCAGUAUCCCCAGCACUGGACAUCCCUGCAUCCAGCCGCUUGCUCCAUACACCAGAGUCUGCUUAUCACUCGCUGCCCACUGAAGGCCGUGCCUGCUCCCCACAGAGGCUGCAGGCUGGCCCUGCGCUUGGCUCCUCCCCGGAGCACCCGAGUGGCUCAGCAGAUGAGCAUCCUUCCUCUUCCUCCUCCUCUUCCUCGGUGGCUGUGCCCACUGCACUGAGCUGCAGCAGCUUCCACCUCUCCUCACCAGGCUCCAGCCCGGAUCUGGCCUCUUUGCCAGCGCAGGUAUCCACAUCCCCUGCUGGGACAGAGGACCACAGCCAUGUACCGGUGGCCAGGGGGGGCCAUGUGGCCCGUGUGGGGAAGGAAUCCAUCACCAUCAUCUUCCAUGGUGCCAGCAACCUGCCGGCCACACGGGAGGGCCAGGUGCCAUGGCCAUAUGUCGUUGUUGAGACCAGCAGAGGGGAUGAGCAGAAGCCAGAGGCCACCCGUGCAUCCUCAGUGCCCACCCAUGCACCCGCCUGGGAGGAGGAGGUGACGGUGGAAAUGGAUGCUGAAGAUGUAGGCUGGACAGCCCUGACUCUCACUGUGGCAGACAAAGCCACCAAGGAGGCACUGGGGACAUUCCAGCUGCCGGUGCGGCACCUCCAGCCCUUCCAGCCCCACCGCUGCAGGCUGGUGCUGCCGAGGACACAGGACCCUGUGGGGACGGUCCUACACGUCACCAUCACCCGCAAAGGGAGCUUCAUCCCUCACUGUCACGGAUUGAGCUACGUGGCCCUGGAGGUGCUGCUGCAGGGACUGUCAGCCCCUUUGGCCACCCCUCCUGGGCCCCUGGUGGCUGUGGCCAGGGUUGUGACCAAUGUUCAGGAGUACAAGCACCGCAGGGAGAAGUAUCCCACCUGCUGUCCCAGCAUCACCCCCACCACCAUCACAUUCCCAGACCCUCCAGCAGCAGCCUUCUGCAUCGCCCGAGCUGCCAACCAUGGCUACCCACAGAUGUCCCGAGCAGCCGGGCACCCAGAGCAGCCAACCUGGGACAGCUCCUUCCUCUUCCAAGGCCGGGAUGUGGCCACUAUCUUCUCCGAAGACACCGCCUUGGCUAUCGAAUAUUAUCCAUACAAAGCCAUGUGGGAUGCUCCAGGCACCCUUGUUCCUGUGGGAUACUCGGUGCUGCCUCUCACUAGCCGUGUAUUCCGGGAGCUGGCGGCACGGAGUGGCGGGAUGCGUGUGGAUGGCCUCGCCAUGCAGGGCACAGAUCUCAAAACCACAACUGGAGCCAUCCCGACCGUGGGGCUCUGCCUGCAGCUCCUUCGAUCAGAGAGCCCAGCGGCGUUCCUGACCCCAUCAGGCAGCGAUAUUCUCCCCAGCCUGGACCCCACCACUGGCAGCACACUCAAGAGGGGCAAAGAGCUGCGGGCAGCCCCCGUGAACCCACUUUAUUGUCAGCUCCAUCAGGACGAUGUGUCGCUCCCAGCGGGUGAUGCCAUGGCCAGCAUCCUGCCUGGAAAGCAGCUGAUCCUGCACGAGAUGAGAGCACCAUCGGAGGAGCAGAGGUCCCAGGAGAUCACUGGGGACCACCCGGAGCCGGUCACCAGCCUGGAGGUGGAGAACAGGCACCUGCGGCGCAGCCUGGCCUCGCAGGACGAGCUGGGCCACGAGCUGCUCAUGGAUGGGGACACGGACGUCAUGACCCGGGAGGAGCUGCUGGACAGGCUGGCCACCCUCAAGCAUCAACUGGUGGCUGGUACAGCUGAGAUGAGGAGGCUGAAGGACCGUGUCCAGCAGCUGCAGAAUGAGCUGAUCCGGAAGAACGACCGGGAGAAGGAGUUGGUGCUGCUGCAGCGAGCCCACCGACAGCAGCAAACUGCACUGAGGAGGUGCCAGGAGAAGGUGGCCAAGAUGAAAGGCUUGGAGGAGACAGUGCGGCAGCAGGAGAAGGUGAUGGAGGCGAUGGAGCGGGUGCUGCAGGAGAAGCUUGCUGGGACAGGCAGGAGCACUGGGAAGCUGACAGGUGAAGCCCUCUCCAGGGAGGUGUACACCGUGCUGCUGGCUGAGAACUGCAGGCUGCGGGAGGAGCUGGCAAGGGCCCCCCACCACUUGCCCCCCAUCGCCCCACAGCCCCCAGCCUUGCCGGGUGGCUUUGGGGGCAAGGAGAAGCUGUCCCUGCUGGCCAGGCUGGAGGAGGCACAGGCCCGCGGGAGGGUGCUGGAGAAGCAGCUGGAGGAGGCGGCGCGGAGCUGGGGGCGGGAGAAGCAGGAGCUGGGCACCCGUCUGCUGGAGCAGGAGCACGGCUUCCCCCAUGUCCCCACCACGAUCCUGCCAGCGAUGUCCACGGCCCACCUGAGAAGCCCCCAGCCCCUGGGCCCCCUGCCCUGACCCAGCCAGAGACACCAAGACACCAAAUGCUGCCCAGAAAGGAGCCGGUGCUUUUCCACAUGAAGAAAUCACAGAGGAAAUCAGAGGCGAAGCAGAGCAUCGGGAGGAGCAUGGCCACAGGGACCACCCCGGGGACCCCCGAGCAGCUGGGGAUUGCAGCAGCACCCACCCACCCCACAGCACCGUGGGGCAGCAGCAGGGUUGGGGUUGUUCUGGUUUAUCUCCCCCAUUGGCGUAAGCGCAGCCUUGAGCACGCUGGAGCGCAGGCAGGGAUGCAGCAAGCCAAGGCUGUGGCCGUGAAAGCGUCCCAGCCGUCCCCCAAAUCCCAGCCCUGGGCUGGAGUCAGGCUGUAAGGAGACGAAAUGGAUGUUCCCAGAAUCUGGCUCCUCACAACAGGGACUCGAGCGGCCGCAAGGUCAAGUAGAUGGGUUUGUCUGGGAUAAGGAUGAGGUCGAACUUGGUCCCGACUUCCACUGCUCUCAUGGUCUCGAUCUUGAAGUUCUCUAGGAUCUGGGAUGGAGGAGAAUAGAAUGGAUGGAGGAGCAGGACACUGUCAGUACCAACACCCAUGUGCCACCUCCUCUGUCCCCGUGUCCCAGCAGCGGGAUGCUCACCUGCAUGAGGAAGAUCUGCAUCUCCAGCUCAGCGAUCCGGCGCCCCAGGCACUGCCGGGGGCCGAAACCAAAGCCCAGCCCCUUGAAGUGCUUGGGGUCAGCCCCCAGCCAGCGCUGCGGGAUGAACUGCUCCGGCUUGGGGAAGACCUCAGGAUCCCGGCCCAUGGCGUAGAGACCGACCUGUACCAGCGUCUGCAGGGAGGGAGGAUCAGCCCUGUGGGUCUGGGCUCCCCAUGGGGCUUCGCUGGUGCUUGGGGUGCAGGGAUGGGAUCCAGCCCCAGUGGAUGUCACCCAUCCGUGCUCCAGGUCCCUCCUCCACCCAGAGCCCCAUGCAGAGCGGGUUGGGGUGAGGAGGGACCCGGUGCUCACCUUGGGAGGGAUGCGGUAGUCCUGGAGGAUGACCUCCUGCGUGGUGUACCUCUGCAGGGUCACCGCCACAGGGUGCAGCCUAGGGGGGACAGGUCUCAUGCACCUCAUUUUGGGUACCACCCAGCCUGCCCAUGUCCCACCCUGUUCCAUGACAUCCCAGCAGUGCCAGGAGGGAAGGGGCUGGGGUGUUUGCUGCCGUCCCUCCUCACCUCAGCGUCUCCUUGAUGGCAGCUUUGAGCAGCCGGAUGGUCUUGAGCAUCUUCACCCUGUCGCCCGCCGCCUCCCGCUUGGCAGCCAGAACCUCUGCCCGCAGCUGCUCCUGCACCCCCGGGGCCCGCGCCAGCUCGAACAUGGCCCAUUGCAGCGUCAUGGAGGUCUGGAGCAGGGCAGGGAGCGAGCUCAGCACCAGCCGGGCCCUCCUCCCUGCCCAGGCAACCUGCGGGCCCCUCACCGUGUCCACCCCGCCUGCCAUCAUCUCGGUGACGCUGGCCUUGAUGUCAUCCAGGGGCAGCUUGUCCUGCAUGAUGAGGCUGCAGAGGAUGCCCAUGUACUCCGUGGUGCUCUUGUGCUGCAGGCGCAGGUCCCGGUAGACGUUGUGUAUGCAUUUAUCCGCUGAGGAGACACGGAGACAUGUGGCCUUCCUCCCCCGGGGC